AUGCUGUUUUUGCAUUUUCUUGCAUUCAUUUUUAUCCUACAAGAAAUCGGAACCCAUGAUUUGAAGGGCUUCGACGAUUCGGUGUUGUUUAAUCUCGUGUGGCACGGAAAGAAUGAUCUGAUACCAGGUCCACCGAAUUCGGAGAGAAUAUUCGUAACAUCCGCAAACAAAGAAAAAUAUAUGUGUGUUAUCCCAUCUAUAACAGCCAAGGAGACAACCGGAGAAGUGGAAUAUAAUGGUCCCAGCCCGCUGGAACUACUAGAGCCGUUGUUUACAUCGACCGCUUGCUCUUAUCGUAUAGAAAGCUAUUGGUCUUACGAAGUGUGCCAUGGUAAUUACAUCAAACAGUAUCACGAAGAACGGCAUGAAAAAACGAGCAAACUGCAGGAGUACUUCUUGGGCCGAUGGGAUAAGCAAAAGACGGAGGCACUGAAGACGAAAUAUGCACUAGCCGAUGCCGAUAAGGAACAGUUGAAGUACAAAAAAAUUGAAGGUUUCAAUUUGCCGUACCUCGAACUUGAAAUGGACUCUGGGACGAUCUGUGAUUUAAACGGAGAGCCUCGCCUAACAAAGGUUCUCUACGUAUGCUAUAGAUUUGGCAAAAACGAGGUUUAUUCGUUAAAGGAAACGUCCACGUGUAACUAUGAAGUGAUCAUUCUAACUGCGGCACUGUGCACGCAUCCGAAGUACAAACCGCAAGACACGGAAGAAAAUAAAAUUAACUGCAGCCCGGUCGGUGAAUCCCCUCGUAAACCGAAAGCUUUGCUCCAACUAGAGGUGGACAAGUUGCGACAAAAAUAUCAGCAGCUUUCGGUCACUAUUAGCGAUGUAUUAGGAUUUGAAAUGGCUGAAAUGAGCGAGGAUGGCUCCAUUCGCGGUGAUCCUAUCCGAAAGGAUACAUCGUUUCCUUUCGAUUGGAAAGCAAUGGAGAUCGAUGCUGGAGAAAACGAGGGUGAAACACCAGUGUCUUCCAUGACUAAGCGACCGAAGAAAUCAAAAGAGAAAAUCUCGUUGCUGGAAUUUUUAGAUGGAGCAUUCUGCUUACCGGGGGGCUCCGGCUGGUGGAAAUUUGAACUUUGCUUCGGCAAGCAUGUGCGACAAUACCAUAAAGAUACGUCGAUCUAUCUGGGAUAUUUCAACGUUGAAAAGCAUCGUGAAUGGUUGGUGAAAAAUCCUUCAGCACGGUAUAAGCGUAAACUAGAAAACCAAAUUAGCCACUUCUACAGUGGUGGAGACAUUUGCGAUAAAACUAAUCAACCCCGUCAAGUGGAAGUGAAAAUGAAAUGUACUGAGCGCUCGGGAAGCCCUGAUUUAAUCGCGCUUUACCUUUUAGAACCGAGACCCUGCGAGUAUGUGCUAAAUGUUGAAUCUUCUCAAAUUUGUGAUAUUCUACCGUUGGCAACGGACGAUAUGCUGCUACCAGAAAACCUCCAGCAGCUUGAAGAAGAAACACAACAUGUUUUGGACAGUACAAGUGAUGUAAAUAAUUAA